AUGAAAUUAGCUGAAUGGUUGAGCAAACAAGCUGACAAAGAAAGAGAAAGAGAAGAAAAAAAGAGGGCAAAGUUGGAAAAACUUGCAUCAGAUCCAAAACAUUAUUUUGAUGACCCUAAAUACCAUGAACAAAAGCAAACUAUAAUGGAGAACAUUGAUGAUGCUUUGACACAAGGUAUGCAGGCUUCGGCAUCAGAGGAACCGAGCACUUCUGGUGUGUCUAUGAAAAGAAAGGAACAAGACGAUGGAAUCAGUAGAAAAAAACAAAAAAUGUGGGUAGGCAUUGACCUGGACAGUGAUUCUAGUUCAGACGAAGAGAAUUUUCAAAGUUACCUUCAACGUGUUAAAGAAAGUGAUAAAAGUGACAUGCAAAAAGGUGAUAUACCGGUACAAAAAGACAGCCGAACUACCGAUAACUUGCAAUGCAGUGAAGAAAAAAAACAAGAAAUAUUAGAUGAUACAGUUAUUUCUGAAUCAGCAUCAACUGACACGAUUACUAUUACAGAGUCAGUGAAUUUGGAAGACUAUGCUUCGGCUGUUGACCUUGAAGUGUUAGGUCUAGAACGACUGAAGUAUGCCUUAACAGCAGUUGGAUUGAAAUGUGGUGGCACACUUCAAGAAAGAGCUCAAAGAUUAUUCUCUAUUAAAGGACUCAAACACGAUCAAAUUGAUCAAUCUUUAUUUGCCAAACCAAGUCGGGGAAAAGCUAAAAGAAAAUAA